GGCUCCCGCUCCAGUCUCUAUAACGCCGGAGCUCGCCGCGCCGCCCGCGGUAACCUCCCGCUAGCGGCUCCGCUCCCGCUUCGAGCACGGCAGGGCAGCCAUCCCCCAGCAGCGGGCGGCACCGGGCUCUCCCGGAGCCGGCACCGCAGGGAGAGCCCCGCGCGGGCGCAGGAGGGGACCGGGCGGCGAGAGGUCCUCGGCGGCGACGGAGGCUCCCGGCUCCGGCUGCUGCCGGGCUCCCGGAAUGGGCCUCCGGGCGCUGACGCUGUGGCUGCUGGCGGCGGCGGGGCUCGUGCGCGAGUCCCUGCAAGGAGAGUUCCAAAGGAAGCUGUACAAGGAGCUGCUGAAGAAUUACAACCCUCUGGAACGGCCAGUUGCGAAUGACUCCCAGCCGCUCACUGUCUAUUUCACACUCAGCCUCAUGCAGAUCAUGGAUGUGGAUGAAAAGAAUCAAGUAUUAACAACGAACAUCUGGCUACAAAUGUACUGGACAGAUCAUUACUUACAGUGGAAUGUGUCUGAAUACCCUGGAGUGAAGAACGUCCGUUUUCCUGAUGGACUGAUUUGGAAGCCAGAUAUUCUUCUCUAUAACAGUGCUGAUGAAAGAUUUGAUGCUACAUUUCACACUAAUGUUUUAGUCAAUUCUUCAGGGCAUUGCCAAUAUCUGCCACCAGGCAUAUUUAAAAGCUCAUGCUACAUAGACGUGCGUUGGUUUCCAUUUGAUGUUCAGAAGUGUAACCUGAAGUUUGGGUCUUGGACAUACGGAGGCUGGUCCUUAGACUUACAAAUGCAAGAAGCAGAUAUAUCUGGCUAUAUUUCAAAUGGAGAGUGGGAUUUAGUAGGAGUUCCUGGGAAGAGAACUGAGAGCUUUUAUGAGUGUUGUAAAGAACCUUACCCAGAUAUAACAUUCACAGUAACUAUGAGACGCAGGACUCUCUAUUAUGGACUCAACCUUCUUAUUCCUUGUGUACUGAUAUCAGCACUUGCCUUAUUAGUCUUUCUGCUUCCAGCAGACUCAGGAGAAAAGAUCUCACUAGGUAUAACAGUUUUAUUGUCUCUCACUGUCUUCAUGUUACUUGUGGCUGAAAUUAUGCCAGCAACAUCUGAUUCUGUCCCCUUAAUUGCUCAGUAUUUUGCCAGCACCAUGAUUAUUGUUGGCCUCUCUGUUGUUGUCACUGUUAUCGUUCUACAAUACCAUCAUCAUGAUCCAGAUGGAGGGAAAAUGCCUAAAUGGACAAGAGUCAUCCUUCUGAAUUGGUGUGCUUGGUUUCUGAGGAUGAAGAGACCAGGGGAAGAUAAAGUGCGUCCCGCCUGUCAACAUAAACAGCGUCGAUGUAGCCUGUCAAGCGUGGAGAUGAACGCUGUGAGUGGCCAGCAAUGCAGUAAUGGGAAUAUGCUGUAUAUUGGGUUUCGAGGGCUGGAUGGGGUUCACUGCACACCCACCACUGAUUCAGGGGUGAUCUGUGGGAGGAUGACCUGUUCACCAACGGAGGAAGAAAAUCUUCUGCACAGCGGCCACCCCUCUGAAGGCGACCCAGAUUUGGCUAAGAUCCUGGAAGAGGUCAGAUACAUUGCAAACAGGUUCAGAGACCAGGAUGAAGAGGAAGCCAUUUGCAACGAAUGGAAGUUUGCAGCCUCUGUAGUAGAUCGGCUCUGCUUGAUGGCAUUUUCAGUCUUCACCAUCAUUUGUACAAUUGGUAUCUUAAUGUCAGCACCAAAUUUUGUAGAGGCUGUCUCUAAAGAUUUUGCUUAACUCCUAUCUACGAUUUGAUUCUCUGAAGUAUGAUAUGUAGCAAAUAAGAGCAUAUUUCAUUGUUUGUUUGCUUGUUUUUAAUGAGUAUGCUGUAUCUCAUUGUCCUCUGUCUUUUACCCUCCUUCCUACUCCCCCGGCACACCUCUGGCCCCAGGCUCCUUUCUGAUGAGCAGCACCUUUUCAGAAGGGGAGCCAGGGAUCCCUCCCUGGGCUGCGUCCCAGCAAAUCUGAGCACUUCGCCGUGGGAGAUGCAAAGCGAGUGCAAGUCCCUUCAGAAUGAAAGGGUAUUGCUCUGGCAUCUUUUACGCAUUUCAAACUAGCUAGUACAUAAAUCAAUAGGUAGGUAAUGCCAGAAGUGUCGUUUCUUCCAGAAUUUGCUUUAAAAGAUAGAAGUUAGCCCACCUUAAAUGUUUGAGUAAGUCAGAAAAGAAGCCCUUAUGUUUAGGAGAGGAUUAAAUCUCUAUGAUGGAAGCUCAAACAGCAGAGAAAAAAAAGGGUAAAAACACCUUGCUUUUCAGUUGCUGGUUCUUAGUGAGUAUGGAGCUCUCAGCUCACUCACAACCAGUCACACCUUUAAAUCCCUCAAUAAAUUUUACAUAGAGCUUAUGUGAGUAUACAGGAUUCUGAUUUUGCCUGAGACACCAGAAAGAUGCAAGUCAAGAUGAAACAGCACAUAUCUUGUCCUUCUGUCGCUUCCUGGACUUGACCUAGAAGUAUGGCCUGGAUUCUUAAAAAGGCUUCACAGUAAUUGCGGUGUUUAUUACAACUCCCUUCUCUCCAGAAAAACAUUCUUUCAACUAAUGACUUUGUUGGUUUUUACCCUUUACAAUGACAUAAAGAAAAUGAAGUAUUUAUGAUAUAUAUGUUUUACCCCCAUUUGUUGAAAAAAAAAAAAAUUACAUACACUUGUCUCUUUACUUUUUCUACAUUGAAAUCCAGUUAACAUUAACUUUCUUGUAUAGACUUGAACAUAAUGACAGAUCUAAAGCAAAAAACAUUAAACCAUGAGAUCCAGCUUUUCAUUUCAAAAAGAAAUGUUUGAUCUGCUGUUUGCUUAGCCUUUUAUAGACCUCUUUCUGUUGAGUCACUGUAACAUGUCCUAACAAGAAAACUGCAUCCUUUCUGCUUGGUUUAUCAUUCGAAGAGCACUAAUGAAUUAUAAAUACUAUAUACAAACCAUAUAUAUGUCCCAGGAAAGAUUAAGACUUAAAUACAAUUAUUUUUAAUGAAUAGUGCUGAGCUGAGAAUACCAAGGUCUGAAACUGUGUGUAUAAAAUAGCUAAGAACCAGUCUCCUGCUAGUAUAGCAAUAUCCCUGACCAUGCUAUAAGUGGUAAAAGACAUGGGAGAAGAUUACUUCAGCAUUGACUGCUUGCUUUGUCCUGCAGAACCCUGAAUUUUUGGCUGAGGUCGACUGACACACAAAUGGAGGCCUGUUGUAGUACCAUGUUUUUACCAUGAGAUAAACUUGAGGCAUCUCCCAAGAUGUAUUAAAAUAGUGACUGAAAUGCUUGCUCUCCCUCAGUGUCACUUUGUUUUCCAGGGGCAGCUCCCCUGACAGCAAGAAAAUCAAACUGCAUGCCAAGCAAGCCCAGAGUCACUGCAGUCCAUCACCAGAGAUAACCCCUUGCUCAAGCCCCUCCAUGCCAGAUAAAAGGGCAGGAGAAGGGAAAGGGGGGAGGAGAAGUGGAAAGAAGCAGGGUAUUUCUCAUGGUUCGUGAAUUCUGUCUUCAUGAAAGUUCAUUCAGAAUCCCAUACUGCAAAGACCUGAGUAAAGUAUCUGAGUCCGUCUUGGAAUUCUGUCUUGAAACCUUGUCUGAAAUUCUUGUGUGAAUAAUUCACUUUUUUCAGGAACAAUUACUAAGAAUUAGCCACACAAUAAUUCCUGCAAGUAAUUUCUAGUUUGUAGAUUGCAUUUAAAUAGGAAAAUGUGAGUCCAGACUGAAAUAUGAGUUUUGUUCAUUUGUGAAUGAGUGUGACACAUGCUGCUCUUCUGAGUGACAUUUCUAGAACAAGCUUCCUGAUACGAAUGUUGGUUAGCAUCAGUAUUUUUCCUUCUGUAAGUAACCCGAAAUAGCUAUGUAGAAUGUUCCAUUUAGUCUUGUUUAAAGCUCUGGGGUCUUAGAUAAGAAUGUUUCAAAAAGAAAAGAUGCGUGGGGACUCAUGUGAUGGGAUGCAACUAUUGCAAUCAUGUACCAUUUGACACAUGUUACACGGGAGGCAGGAGAAUAACCCUCUUUCCACCAGAAUCCAUUUACGUUUUCUGUAGAAGUGAUCUUGCUAAGUACAGGAGCUCUUUAAGAGAGGAGGGAGAAAGUGAUUUCCGAAUUGACAGUAAGCUUGUUUAUCAAACGCAGAUGCAUUUGCACUUAAAAAUUGGAGACUGGGGACUGACCUUUAGUGUAAUUCCUGCCUAAGUUUGUAUUUCUGGAAUUGUACUGUCAGCAAAUACCAGCAUCAUGCCUACACUACUGCCUUUAACACUGGAAGGAGUAAUGAAGAUGCACCAAGGAGAAAAGCGAAUUCUAAUUUUCCCCACUGUCAACACAACCCAUAAACAUUCGCUAAGAACAUAGUUAUAAACUUCAAAUACAACAGUGACAGUCUCUGUUAUUUUGCACCUAGGAGUUAAAUUUUCAAAUGACUGAGCUGAGCAAAAUUGGUAUGUUUCUUGUCAAAUUGUGUGUGUCAAAUAUUUAUCUGUGCACUAAACAAUAUUUUGAUCUAAAUGCUGGGAAAAUAUUUAUAGUUCCAGACAUACAGAUGGGAAUAAAUACUGUAUACAGUACGUGUAUAUAAUAUUAUAGACAUAUAUAAGGAUCUGUUAUGAUCUUAAGAGUCCAGAAAGUAGGAUAAGCAAGUGGUUCACCACAACUAAGCUAUGACUCAUCUGACAAAUUGAAAAGCUCACUCCAGAGGUCAGCUGUCAUGUACAAUACUAUGUGAACAAUGUAUAUUACUUUUUCUGUUUUUAUAUUGAAUUGUAUUGAAUAUUUAAAAAACUUUUUAAUAUUUAAAAACAACUAUUUAAGCAUUAAUGCCAAAAAGGUUCCAAACAAAAUUUUAAAACGUUAGUUUUAAAUACAGAUAAAUUAUUUAAACAGUAUUUAAAUUCAUAAAUUAUUUUAUAUAAGAAUUGAUAUUACUAUGUGAGACUCUUUUUAAAGGUUUCUUUAAAUUCUCUUUACAAUCUCUGUAGCUGCAGGAUGUACUCUCAGUUCACCUGUGACAAUUCUACUUUUCAUUUUCUUUACCAAGAAUAGAAGGUAAACCAAAGUCAUGGGUUUUGUUUGUUUUCCCUUUUGUUAUAGUCUUUUACAUUAAGAAAUAGUAAGUAGAGGGCAUUAGAAAGUGAUAUUACAUCUGUCAGGUACUGACUGUCAUAUAAGCAAUUCAAUACUUUUUCAGUCCAGUACAAAUAAAAGAUUUAGAUCAAGAGA